CGCCUCUAUCGCGUCAGGGUGUGGCAACCGAGACAGAGACUGUUGAAGAACCGCGGACGAUCCAGCUAACAACAACUCCAGACGACCAGCGACCAGGCGACCAGACUACCAGGCGGGGUUAUAUCUAUUGCGAAACCUCCCAAGUCGACCGAGGCGAGACAUGGCUACAGAGGUCACUAUAGGCGACAGGAUAGAGAGCUGUAGAUAGAGUCCCUUUGUGCCGUAUUUCCGUUUCGGGCAAUAUCUCUCCCUCUCGUCGCCGAUUUGCUCACAACCACUCCGCCGCGGAACAUCCCUACUUCUUGCUCCUCCUAACCAUCCCAACCUCGCAAUUUCCUACCUAUCCACCAUUAAACUAUAUCCGCUAGCAGAAUCUAGCAAUAUCCUGCCUGUAUCGUCCAACUAGACUAUCAGUAACGGUCAAUUUUCGGCCCUGCCAUGCAGCUCAUCAGCCUCUCGACCAUGGCGUCGAAUUUCGCCGUCAACCCACCAACUGGGGCCAUCGACGGUGCCACUCGUCCCCAGGCGCUCAGACGGGAUGCUGACGGCUCUCCCCGAAAACGAAGAAAACUAUCGGAAUCUACCCUCGAACCCGAUACCUCAGAUAUUCGCCCUUCAACGACUUCGCUACCAGAUGCCUCGCAGUCACAGCAGGACUCAGAAGAGACUACUGUAGACGAUAACAUGUCCAUGAUCCCAUCUCCACGUCAAGCGGAUAAAAAUAUUGCCCCGUUUCUUACCAAGCAUAUCCGUGAUCACUACGCGCCAAUGAAUCGAUUCGAACCGCAAAAGAUUGAACGGAAUCCCAAUUCUAAGUACUGCUACCGACACAGGCCGGACCUAAAAUGUCGACGCCAAGCGGACGAGUUGACAAUGGACCAGAUGCAACAGGAACUGCACACCCUCUCCCAAGCUGACCAACGAAGUAUCGCCCACUUCUGGUCUAUGUUUUCCGCCGCUCCGUCCAAACACCGAAACCUAAUGCUGCAGGGUCUUCUUGCUCAAUGCUGUUUCCCUCAGCUCUCCUUUUUGUCUGCUAGCGUUCGCGACCUGAUCAGAAUCGAUUUUCUUGCUGCCCUACCAACGGAGAUAUCUUUCAAAAUCCUUUCCUACUUAGACACAGUAUCGUUGUGUAAAGCGGCGCAGGUCUCGCGGCGUUGGAAAUAUCUUGCUGACGAUGAUGUCGUUUGGCAUAGGAUGUGUGAACAACACAUUGAUCGCAAAUGCCAAAAGUGUGGAUGGGGUUUACCGCUUCUGGAUCGAAAGAGACUCCGAGAUUCUAAACCCCAGAUUCAAAUGCGGGCUACUGGACGCGGUGUAGAGAAGGAACCGUUAAAUGCCAUGACAGAAAAAGAUCACGACCUAAAAACCUCUGGGAAGCAACUCUCAAUCCUGUCAAAUUCGUCGAAAAGAUCACAAUCUCCAGGCAAUUGGCAUUCAGGCGCUGAAGACUAUUUCAAAACUCGAUUCCGACCAUGGAAAGAUGUGUACAAGGAUCGAUUCAAAGUCGGCAUCAACUGGAAGCACGGUCGUUGCACCACGAAGAUAUUCAGAGGCCACACGAAUGGUGUUAUGUGUUUACAGUUCGAGGACAAUAUUCUGGCUACGGGAUCAUACGAUACCACCAUCAAAAUCUGGGAUACCGACACAGGGCAGGAGUUACGCACUCUACGUGGUCAUCAAUCCGGAAUUAGAUGUCUCCAGUUCGAUGACACCAAGUUGAUCAGUGGUAGUCUUGACCGGACUAUUAAAGUUUGGAAUUGGCGCACCGGAGAGUGCAUUUCGACCUAUACGGGCCACCAAGAUGGAGUUAUCUGCCUCCACUUCGAUUCCACAAUCCUUGCCUCCGGCUCGAUGGACAACACAGUAAAGAUAUGGAACUUCGAAGAUAAAUCAACUCGCGUCCUCCGCGGCCACAAUGACUGGGUCAACUCUGUCAAAGUAGACACGGCCUCUCGUACGGUAUUCACCGCCUCGGACGAUCUGACCGUCCGCCUCUGGGAUCUCGAUACAGGCAAUGUCAUCCACUCCUACGAAGGCCACGUCGGGCAUGUCCAACAGGUCCUCCCACUACCGCGUGAAUUCGAAUUCGAGGAACACGACGCUGAAUGCGCAGAUGACGGCCAAAGCACGACUUCAGGUGAUGAAUUUCACCACCACCACCACGAUCCUUCAUCUGACCAACAGCACCAGCUUCGGCCCGCCCGUUCCCCUCCACCCUCACACUCGAUGUCACCAUUAUUUAACGAGUUAUUCAAAGAUGGACGCCCCUAUCCGCCACGAUACAUGCUCACGGCCUCUCUCGACUGCACCCUUCGCCUCUGGGAGGUAACCACCGGGCGAUGUCUGCGGACAUUCUUCGGCCAUGUAGAAGGUGUAUGGGCUCUGGGCGCAGACACUCUACGUCUUGUCUCUGGUGCGCAAGACAACAUGUCUAAAGUCUGGGAUCCUCGCACUGGGCGGUGUGAGCGGACUUUUACAGGCCACCAUUCAGGCCCGAUCACUUGCAUUGGCCUGAGCGAUAGCCGUUUUGCGACUGGCAGUGAAGAUUCUGAAGUUCGCAUGUAUAGUUUCAGAAGCUGAGGGAUUUGUCUGUCGAUAUUGGUUUUCUUGGAUAUUAAGGGCGGUUUCUUUUAUAGAAAUCCGGUUCUGUUGGGGCUUCGCACCGGUUUGCGGUCAGGAGUUUACUGUUCUUGUCCCAAAAUUGCAUAGUCGGUCGGGGCCGGGGGGCUUCUGCUUAGUCAAUGCAUAUAUAGGUCUUCCGUUUUUACAUACCACCAUUUGUCUUUGUUACAUAUUACUAUUAAUUCUGUUUUUCGGUGUUUUUUUAAAAAAAAAGAAGAAAUGAAUUAAAAAAAAGAAAUGAAAGAAAAGGAAAAGAAAAGAAAAGGCUUUGCAAAUGAGUGCACAUCAGGCUCGUGUGUUAUGUACAGCAAAGAACAAGGGCACCUUAUCCCAGCACAUACAUGGUUGUUGGGUUAUAAAUUAUAUAUAUCUAGAUAUAUAGCCUCUGUCAUACAUAUUUCACAGUUCAUUAUAUCAAUAUCCAUACAUUUGUUUGUUAAAUAUUGUGAAAGGUUUUGAAACACUGAGAAAUAUCAGUACUUCCCUCAGAGGUUAUGGGAAACCCUGUCCUUGAAUUCAUGCAAGGAUACAUCUUAUGAGAAAUGCAUUUUCUCUUCUAAAUGUUUGAUUUGUUUCCUUCAAUGAAGUGGAUAGGUACAAACCAUGUGUCUAAUACAUCACACUGUCUGUGAAUCCAUUGCAGCUACUCGCAUUUGCUUCUCUAGAGGCAUAUUUAAUGAUUUAACUAACAUGAGUGAAAUAUCCUGCACAAUUCUACGAUCAACUACCCAAGCGACUUCCAAAGUUUGCCCAGUCUAUCAAUGAGUAUAAAAGGGGUGCGUAUUCAUUUCUUAGUUUCAUACAUAACUUCGAGUUACAUCUAUCUACCCACACAUACCUAGGGAUAUAAAGCAGGCACAGCAGAAGAAUAAGAACUGUUCUCCUUUCUCUUUCCCAUUCUACGAUAUCGAUCAUUCUGUCUUUUUUUCUUUUUUUCUU